AUGUCCUCAAACCCGUGGCCCCCCCUUGGGGAUAACGGCCCAGCAGGCUGGUCCGCGCCCCCCCGAGAAGCCGUCGACCGACCCAAGAGUCCCCAAGAACUAGGCGUCUUCAACCCCAACGGCCUUCUCGUCCAACAAACCCCCGAACAAGCAGAGCGCUCGCUGCGCCUGCUAGGCGUACCCUUCGACUCACUGCCCAAACCGCCCUUCUUUGCGGCCUGGUUCACCUACACAGAUGCGUGGCAUCGCCGCGUCGUCGCCCAGUCUCUAGCCCGGCUGGCAGGCGGCCUGGGCCGCGUGCCGACGACUGAGGAGGCCGAUGCCGUGGCGUACUACCGCGCGCGGUUCGCGGCCACUCUCCCGUGGGGCGUGCCGCUGUAUCUGGCGCUGACGGUGCUCAUGGUGCGGAGGGGGAAUAAGACGUUCCGGUUUCCGUUUUACACGCCCAAGCCGGCAUCGUUCAAUCCGCGCGUGUUCCCGAGUGCGCAGAAGCCGUGGGUGCAGGGCGAUAAUGCAGAAAAGUGCUGGCACAUGACGCGGUACUUUAGUUACGGCCUGCUGAUCGGCUACCUGGGCACCACGACCAUGCGGUCGGUGUGCGAGAGCAGCGUAGCGGUCAAUAUAUUGUCCGAUCCGCGGUUGAAGCAGGUGCGUGAGGAGCUCAGACGCCGUGCGGGGGAGAGGAUGGCAAGGGAUUGGCGCAAACCCGACACGGACCAGCGGCUACCGCCACCGCUGACGGUUCUGGAGGAAGAGGGUCAGCCUGAGGGCCAACAGCCUCAGCAACAGCCAUCUCGUGAGCUCUCUCCCGCCUGGAGGAAACGCUGGCAGGCCGCCGCUGGUAGCAGUUCCUUUCCCGGAGCCGAAAGUCAGCAGCCACAGCAGCAACAGGAACCUCAACCCUCCUCCUUAUGGGAUGAUGACGAUUCCUACCUCUUUGACGACGCCUCACCCGUCAAUCCAGCCCAUCGUACUCAGCCCCGCCCUUCAUCCCAAUCUACCUCCGGUGGAAGCUAUAGCACCUCCUGGGAUCAGAUCCGUGCUCGAGCUCAGCAGCAGAGCGGUGAUGCCUGGGGCAUCUCCCACGAUCAGCACCAGCAGCAUCCUGACCCGCAGCAGGCAAAGCGCUGGGCCCGGCAGGGUGAGUCGUACACAUUCUCCCCCGAGCAGGAAAAGGCGUACGCGCGGGAGCAGGCCCAGAAGGAGUUUGACGCCAUGUUGGAACGGGAGCGGAAAGGCGUGGGUGCUUCAGGGGUAGCAAGCAAAGAAAGGUGA